AUGAACGACGAGCUGCAAGCUGACGACAAUGUUCAGGGCGGAAAGUCUCUUGAAGACGCGCCCUUUGUGCGUCGAUCUACUCGUCUAGCUUCCAAGCCUCCUACACAAGUCACAAUGAGUCGUCCCAGGAGGAACCCGAAGCGCAAGGCCAGCGAGACCAGCGAGGCAGCAAACGAGUUGAAUCAUCGCCUAAAUUCUGAUGAACUCCUUGAUGAAGCCUUAGCUCCUCUGUCACUCAAGGAUGUCGAAGAUUGGGAAGGCUGGGUAGAGCUUGAGUCAGAACCAGCCUUCUUCAAUAUCAUUCUCCGAGACUUGGGAGUUUGCAAUGUCAAAGCGCAGGAGAUCUUCACCAUCGACCAAGAUUCACUCGCACUUCUCCCACAGCCGGUAUACGGUUUGAUCUUUCUGUUUCAGUAUCUACCUGGGCUCGAAGAGGAGAGCGAAGAACAAGAUGCAACAGGUGUGUGGUUUGCGAAUCAGACCACAAACAAUGCAUGUGCGACUGUGGCCAUGCUAAACAUUGUUAUGAACGUCGAAGGAAUUGACCUCGGUGAAAAGCUCCGAGACUUCAAGGAGUCAACCAAGUACCUCAAUACUGCACUACGAGGCCAUCAAAUCAGCAAAAAUAACUUCAUACGCAAGAUACACAACUCUUUCACCCGUCGUAUGGACCAUCUCAACGCUGAUCUGUGUCUGGAGAACGAAGCAUCAGACGCAAAAACCAGCACGAGCAGGAGGCGUACAGCAGGAAAGAAAGGGAAGAAGGCACCUCCACGAAAAAAGAGAUCCAAUACAGAUUAUGGAUUUCAUUUCAUUGCCUAUGUUCCCGCGGGUGGUUAUGUGUGGGAAUUAGAUGGGCUCCAGUAUAGGCCUCAUAGGCUGGAUCUCGUUCCUGAUAAUGGCGAUUGGACAAGUGUGGCAAGACCACAAAUCGAAGGCCGAAUGUUCCAAUAUGAAGAGAGUCAGCUCUCUUUCAACCUUCUAGCUCUGUGUCAGAGCCCGCUCACUGUCUACGCACAAACUAUUGCCCACGCCGCUGCAUCCCUUCAGUAUCUACUCAAGAACACCGAAUCUCUUCCCACAUUCAAGGACCUCAUCUCUGCAGAGAAACCUCCUCUGGACAUUGAAGACGAGUCGCGACUGUCCGAUUUCAACCUCACCAAGGAAGAUAUCAUGAACGCUCACGUUCCAGACGCUCUACAGGAAAAGCUUAAGCGGCCGGGUUUCGACAGUCAGAGUGCUUAUGAGCUUCACCAAGAGCUUGUUGUCGAAGUCAAGGCUGCCAUGGGCGAGUACCGCUCAGAAUUGAUGGCUAUUUCCGAUGAUGAGCAGCGGGUAAAAGGUCGAAAAAAGGACUACGGACCUGCCCUACACAAGUGGAUGAAAAAACUUGCCGAGAAGGGUGUUUUGGAAGAAGUAAUCAAGGCGACAUGA